AUGAAGCAGUGGAAGAAGAACUUUGGGCUGGCGCAGCGCGCGAUGACGCUGCCGCCGGACACAGCAGGCAUCGACACGCGGGAAGAGUUAGCAGCACGGCGAAAAUGCGGGAAGGAUGGUCAAGAAGACGCCGGAAGGGGAGAGUCAGAAGGUUGCCCUACGUGGUGGCCGGGAAGAUCAUCCACCCGAGUAUGGUGGUGUCCAGCAACCAACGAAGGAAGGAAGAGAGCGGCGAAGCGCGAUGAUGAAGAAGAAAUCAGGGAGGAGAUCGACCUGACGCAAGCGGAUAGCGACGACAAGGAACCAGCCAACGGAACGCGGGACUGGAUACUGCAGAAAUAUAAAAACCCCUACAAGAUCUCCUUUAACAUACCUGGCGCACGAGAGGAGAAAUGCGGAUGUGAAGGACGAUGCGAGAUCGCGACGUGUCCGAACGCGGCGGAGAAGCAGGUAUGUGAGACUGUUACGUGCACGCCAGGCGCGAAAGCGUGCGACAACCGGUUCCGACAGCGACGCCUGGAGUUGAAGAUGACACGCACGGGAAUCGGCGUGGUGGCGACGCGGCCCAUACCAGCAGGAGGUGUGGUCUGCCAAUAUUAG